GAUGCUGGGAUGGAAGAGCUGAUCCCAUCCUAGUCCUAUGAUCCAAGGUCUAUUCCAACGAAUCGACUACCAUCAUCUUGGAGCGGUGUUCCUUCUGGAAUCAGUUGUCAGAUGCAACGGAUAUAGACUGGAUAGCCUCCCUCCAAAUAUAGUAUCUCCAUCAUGUGCUAUAUUUAUCGCCUGUGAAUGCAUAUAAAGGAGUACAAAGACAGCACUAUUCCGUAUCCUUUCUUGCAACUUACUUUCAUCUCCAACACUUAUACUUGAUAUCUUACAACAUGGGUUGGUUCAGCGAUGACUCUGAUCAGGCUCAAGCCUACGACCAGGUCGUCAACGCACCCCACAAGGCCCAACUCUCCCACGAGUUGAUUGCUGCUGCCGCGUCGUACGAGGCUGCUAAGGCUUACGAGAAACACUGUGAUGAGAACGGCCAGCCCCAGUCCCAUGAGAAGGCCAAGGAGCUUCUCGCCGCUUUCUCAGGAGCCUUUGUCGACCGUAUGGUUGAAACCAAGGGGCUUGACUACAUUGAUUCGGCGAAGGCUAAACAUCACGGUAAGAUCUUUUGAUCUUCUGCUCUGUUGGUGGUGGCUGAUGCAAGCAUUGUAUAUUCUAUAGCUAAGCAGCAGGCUCAUGACGCCCUCACUGAUUCUGGCGCCUUUUAGAUAAAUAACG